GGCAGCGUGUGUAAUCCGAGGCCAGUAGGGACCGAGUGACGGAGGCGGCAGGAUGUGUGUGGCUGCCUCGCCGCCACCCUGAUCUAACAGAGACCCUCGCAUCGCGUGUGUGCCAGACAGUUUGAGUCAUCAGAUGUUGCUCGACGCCCUACUUGGCCAGAUCACCUCCUGUCACAAUGACUGAAGUGGAACUGUGAUUCUGCGUCCUGUCAGUGUUUGAGAUGGGACAGAAUUAAAUUGAGAUGAAAACUCGUGACAUCUUAACAAAAGACACGUGACGCACGGAUGAGAAAACCAGUGACACGAAAACUGCAUGAAAACAAGUAGUGAAUGAAAGCCUGCCGGAGUGAAUAGUGAAGGAAGGCGUCCUGGCGAAGCACGACGGGCGGUGGUGGUGCGUCACCUCGUGGUGGUCGUGUUGGGGGUUUCCGCGCCGAGCUGCGUAUCAGGGAACGGACGUGCUACGGCGGGAGGGCUGCAGGUGUGGGUGGUGAGGCGGGAACACAGGCAAGUGGUGUCGCAGCAAGCAUUGGUGCCGCGCGGGAUGGCGCCGUGAAGCAGGAUGAAGAGGAAGUGGUGAAGAUCUAAUGCCGCCAAAGAUAGGAUGGCGGUCUUGUUAGCGAGACGGAUGUUUGUUGUGACGGCCAUCACGACUCUCAUACCAGAACCUCGCGUGUCAGUGUGUCGACAGCCCGCCUCUCUCGCCUGUGCCAAGACUGCCACCCUACGUUCCUCUCUCAGGCGCCAGUCCACCACAAGCCGCGUCUCCUAUGUCAGUGAGCGGCGCGGGAGGGACUGAGGCACCCACUAGACAGAAAGUAAAAACCAUGCUGGUGGGCGCCUGCAACAAGGAGAACAGGGCGGUGGGCGUGUGUCUCCACGUGUACCUGGAGCGGGACUUCCUCACGCUGGAGGGAAUAGUGUACCCAAAACGUGCCCAGUGGAACAUGAUGGGCAAUUACUACCCGAGGCCCGGUGCUCUGACACAACCACUGCCGCCGCUGCCAGACCUUGACGCCAACACCACGUCCAGCCGCCUGAGGGAAAACACACGGCGGCAGCGGGGAGUGGGGAUGCGUGGUCGCCAUCAACACAAAUUGCCUCUUGUGGGAGAGACUAAAGGCAGAGGGAAGCGCAGUGCUCCUGGGAACUACGCCGUGACGUCAGACGCGUACGGCACUCACGGCUGGGUGGAGGGACCCGAACUGGAGGACUACUGCAGCCGCCUCGGGACGGUGAUCACCUGCUUUGAGGAAGUUCUAAUAGACUGUGACAACGGAUACGACUUCUUCAGGUACCGUCACCUGCUACACUCCCUGAGCCACGUGCACCACUACCUGUGCCACACACCUGAGGACCGCUCCUCCAAGUUCCUACCGUUCCUGAAGCUGAUUGACUGUGCUGAGAAGACCCGCGAAAAGAUGACCUCGUGUCACCGGCCAAACAUCACUCUCAACGUGUGGAACCAAAUACUGAGGGCCGAAGUCGGCCCGGAGAUCUGCGACUCUCUCAACACCCAGCGAGCGUGUCUGCUGGACAACAACUAUCUGAGGGACGAGUGUGGCACAGAGAGGGAGGAACUCUACAGGAACGUCUCGGGGCUCUUCCUGGGAAUUUGGUGCCGUCUGCCACUUUACCAGCGCUUCUACUCAUCGGGCACCACUAGUCAUCACCACUACCCUUCCCUCUACCUCACUCUUGUCCUCGUAUUCCUCCUGCACCAGAUGAGACUUCCCAGCUCGUGGUGACCUAGGCUACCCUUAUUGUCUGUGAUUUCCCUCGCAUUCUCCAAGUGUUGUCGGUUCGUUAUCUGAAAAACUAUGGAACUGAGGUGAUGAACUUAGCGUGUUACAAAAUGUACUGGUGCUAUCUUGGUUCCAAUUCCACUGCGUAAGACUGAAGAGUCGGUGAACACGGAGAAAAGAAAAAGACAUAUAUUGCCAAAACCUUGAUGCAAAUAUCUCGUUUGUUCGUAUUUGUUAUGUUACUCUUGAGUGUGAUACCGUGAUUUUUAUUGUUAAUGUGCGGCCAGUUUGCUUAAUCUCUCUCUCUCUCUCUCUCUCUCUCUCUCUCUCUCUCUCUCUCUCUCUCUCUCUCUCUCUCUCUCUCUCUCUCUCUAAA